UAAAAAUAUAUGGAUACUUCAAUGUGAAGCCUUUGAAUGAGCCUGGUCGUGCAUCUUCAGCCUCUGGUUUUUCCUUUUCUUUUUCCAGUAUUUAUUGCAAGUUAAUGCCCGUACCCGACAUCUGCAUAAAGGACAAGCGGGCGUUGGACUUGGACAGAAGAAUUAAAUGCAAGAAAUCUGAGUACAGGAAGCUAAAAUACAAUUUCCGGUAAAGAUUGAAAGAAGGAGAGAAGAGGUGGCAGAAAAAUUGCAUGUACCUCUUGGUAGCCUGAGCAAUAUUUUCAGUUAGAUCAUCAAGGUUCUUAAAUAACACAUUUCGGUGAUCCUAUUGAAGCAGAAGUUAGGAGAAAUUGAUGGCCGAGGCUGGAUUAAAGUGGAGGUGUGCAGUGAUUUUGACUGUUUUGCUUGUUAUUGGCAGUGGAGUUUCAGCAGCAGAUCGGGGUUUUGAUGUGGGCUUUUUAAGAAACAAUGGAACCACAAAUGAGUUUGAAUCACAUUACUUAUCCAAAAUCAUCAGUUUCUUGCAGCAAAACUAUCUUUUGCUUGUUCAUCAUGUGUGGCCUGAAAUGGAGUUUGGCUGGAGAAUUAUUGUGGGUACUGUAAUUGGAUUCCUUGCUGCUGCUCUUGGAAGUGUUGGAGGUGUUGGGGGUGGUGGGAUUUUUGUUCCUAUGCUCACUCUAAUCAUUGGAUUUGAUCCAAAAUCAUCGACUGCAAUCUCUAAGUGCAUGAUUACUGGUGCAGCAAUUGCCACUGUUUACUACAAUCUCAAGCUCCGGCAUCCUACACUUGAUCUUCCCAUAAUUGAUUAUGAUCUAGCUCUUCUUUUUCAACCCAUGUUGGUACUUGGCAUCAGUAUUGGAGUUAUUUUCAAUUUGAUUUUUGCAGACUGGAUGGUUACUGUAUUACUGAUCAUUCUUUUCAUAGGCACAUCGACCAAGGCAUUCUUCAAGGGCGUUGAAACAUGGAAGAAAGAAACUAUAAUAAAGAAGGUGGCUGCUAGACGCUUGGCAUCUGAUUAUACUGGAAGUGACGAAGUACCAUACAAACUUCUACCUGGAGGCCCGACUAAUGGAACUAGAUUGCGUCACAAUGAGCGUUCUCAGGUCUCAAUUAUCGAUAAUGUCUGCUGGAAGGAACUCAGUAUACUGGUUGCUGUUUGGGUUAUAAUCCUUUUACUCCAUGUACUCAAGGAUUUUACAGCAGCUUGUUCAGCGGCAUACUGGACACUUACCUUAUUGCAGAUCCCGAUUGCUGUUGGAGCAUCUGGAUAUGAGGCAGUCAGCUUAUAUAAUGGGAGGAGGGUGAUAACUUCCACGGGAGAAGCAGGAAUAAACUGGACAGUAUACCAGUUAGUUCUUUGUUGUUUUUGUGGAAUUUUGGCUGGUAUAGUUGGUGGGCUGCUUGGUCUUGGUGGUGGAUUCAUUCUAGGUCCCUUAUUUCUAGAGCUGGGAAUUCCCCCCCAGGUUUCAAGUGCGACUGCUACAUUUGCCAUGGCAUUUUCUUCAUCCAUGUCUGCGAUACAAUAUUAUCUUCUACGACGAUUUCCAGUACCAUACGCUCUUUAUUUUGUUGCUGUGGCUACCAUUGCUGCAUUUGUUGGACAGCAUGUAGUACGGAAGAUGAUUAGCAUACUAGGGAGAGCAUCUUUGAUCAUCUUCAUUUUGGCCUUCACAAUCUUCGUGAGUGCAAUCUCACUAGGGUGGGUUGGCAUAUCACACAUAAUUGGACAGGCAAAGGGAAAAGAGGGCUUGUGGUUUUCUAAUAUUUGCUUAGAUGUGCGUUAGCAAAUUUCUAUUUAGUUUUUAAGUUUUUCUAACAUUUUAAUGUUUGAGUACUGUUUGACCAUGUAAAAUGUCAAUAAAGUCAAGCGGCGGAUGUGCCCAUGCUGUUCAGUUGUUUAA